AUGGGCAUCAACAACCCCCUCCCGUCGUCUAUGGCGUCGGAAUGUAAAAAGUGCGGCAAGAUCCUCUCCUCCUUCAUCAGCCCGCGCCAAACCUUCGGCCCCGAAAAGGUCAUCCCUCCCAACAUUCUCGCCAACGCCAAGGGCCUCGCCAUCAUCACCGUCCUCAAGGCCGGCUUCCUCGGAUCUGGUCGCUUCGGCAGUGGCCUCGUUGUCGCACGCCUCCCCGAUGGCACCUGGAGCGCCCCGAGUGCUAUCGCCACUGCUGGCGCCGGCUUCGGUGGCCAGAUUGGUUUCGAACUUACCGACUUCGUCUUCAUCCUCAACGAUGCCAGCGCCGUCAAGACAUUUGCCCAGGCCGGUUCCUUGACCCUUGGUGGCAAUGUGUCUCUGGCUGCUGGUCCCGUCGGUCGCAACGCCGAGGCCGCCGGUGCUGCUUCUCUUAGGAGCGUAGCGGGAAUCUUUAGCUACUCCAAGACCAAGGGUCUGUUUGCUGGUGUCUCCCUGGAGGGUUCUGCCAUUAUCGAGCGUCGCGAUGCCAACGAGAAGAUGUAUGGAACUCGCUACACCGCGCAGCAGCUCCUGACGGGCUCCGUUCGGCCGCCACCCCAGGCUGCUCCUCUCAUGGGCAUCCUUAACUCGAGGGUCUUCAGCGGCAUGGGAGGCCCCGGCAUGACUGAAGACGGCAUGUACAACGAGACGCCCGUAUACGACGACAGACAUGAUGACGUUGUAUGGAACGGUCGACGAGGUUCUGCCUACGGCGAGGGCGUGUCGCGCGAUCGUACAGGCGACAACGACAGCUUUGGCGCUCCCAAGCGCUCAACAACAUGGCAAGAUGACGUCUACGACCGACAAGGCGGCUUCAGCGCGACCCCUUCAAGGUCGAAUACCUUCGCAGGAGGCCACAACGAUGACUAUGUCUACAAGGACACCCCCAGCCCAGCUUUCGGUGCAGAGAAGAAGACAGGUCCCGGCCGGCCGGCGGCUCCCAAGCCGAACUUCGCCGCUAAGCAAGCGCUGCUCAAGAAGAACGAGGCGGUCGCCGUGUACAACUUUGACGCGGACCAGGCUGGUGAUCUCGGUUUCAAGAAGGGCGAGGUCAUCACCAUCCUCAAGCGCACUGACAGUGAGAACGACUGGUGGACUGGCCAGAUUGGCUCGAGGCAGGGCAUCUUCCCUAGCAACUAUGUCAAAAUGAAGGAAUAA